CAGCUGCCGGGUGGAGCAGAGCAGGUGGUCCCAGCAGAGGAGAUGGUACAGCUGCAGGAUGGAGCAGAGCAGGUGGUCACAGCAGAGGAGAGUCUGUGAGGAAGGUGAAGAGCUGAUGGCAGGAGGUCUAUAAGAAGAGCAGAUGUGAGGGUCAGACACUGCAGGAAGAGAGAACAGCGGUAAAGAUGAAGAGAACAGUGGCUUUUAUUGCUCUACUGAUGCUGCUGCUGCAGAUCAGCCUGCAACAAACUGAAGCUGCUGCUGAUUCUCUGAAGCCAUCCAACCCCUCUGAUGAUCUGAAGCAUCUGAAAGACAUUGUGUAUCAGCAGGGUACCAUGCUGGUGGAGCUGAAGACUGAGAUGAAAUAUGUGGAAAAGGAGAACUCAGUGCUGAAGACCAAAAUGGCCAAGCAGAUCAAGCAGGGCAAACAGAUUCAGGGUAACAUGGAGGACAUGAAGAAUAAGGUUUCAGCACAAGCAGAAGCAGUGUCCUCCACGAAGUCCAAACUAACGAGUGAAGUGGAGAAGCUGAAGGAACAGAAUGAAGAAAUAAGAACUGCAUUAGCGAACAGUCAGACUGAAGUGAAAACCCUGAAGAAAGAAAACACAGCUUUAAAGGGAAGACUGAGCACUGCUGAAGGUGAUGUGGCGAGUCUGAAGAGAGAGGUCAUAGAACAUCCCAAGGUGGCGUUUUCAGCAGCUUUAAAAUCAACCAUGGGAUCACUAAGUACCACCACUAAUAUUGUCUAUCCUGUCGUCAUUACAAACAUUGGAGGAGGUUAUAACCCCAAUACAGGAAUCUUCACAGCUCCGUCCAGAGGAGUCUACUAUUUCCGAUUCACUAUCAUGGGAUUAAACAAUGGUUACAAUACAGGAAUAUAUAUGUACAAGAACCAGGAGUUACUGACAUUUUUAUGGGGAUAUAAUUACAAUAGUUAUGGAAGGUAUAUAUCAGGUGGGUUUACUCUACAGUUGGAGAUUGGAGAUACUGUUCGUACUCAGCUACCUAACGGUUACAUACUCUACCACCAAUAUGCCAAUACUAACACCUUCAGCGGCUUCAUGAUCUUUCCCAUUUAAAAAUCUACUGAAUUCAGCUGAUUACUGAAUGGUGGAGUGAUGCAUAUACAUUUAACCAGAACAGAAAAUAAACUGUAAUUCCAGCAUUUUACAA